CGCUCACGUCCCUCUCCUCUCCACACUGCCUCUAGUCCAAACGCAGAGAGCUGGCAUCCCAAAGCCAAACCGAUCAUCAGCAAUAAGCAUCAAGUACAGAAAUAAACUGAAGGGCUGGGAACAUGCCGGUCGUGACAGGACUGCCGUUUCCUCAUCCCCAGCUGGAGUGUCAACAAGUGAGUCAGAAAGCUCCAGGACAAGCGGCUCCCACCUGGGAAACUGGCUCACAGAGUUGCUAUGAAGUGCCCUGGACCUUCAGAGAGCCUGAGACUUGCCCUCUUCCUGGAAAACGCCAUAGCCAGAGAGGCUAGGAUUUGGAAAGUGCCAGUUUUCCAGGAUCUCUUCCUGAAGGGUACCGAUAUCUCUCUGUUGUGUUACGAGAAAGCGGUUCUCUGGAUUGCAGAAAUAAGCUCUCAGUUCCAGUUCUACCCUGAAACAUUUGCCUUAGCUGUCAGCAUCCUUAACCGGUUACUGGCAUCAGUAAAGGCCCAAUUAAAGUAUCUUGAGUGCAUAGCAAUUUCCUGCCUUGUCCUUGCAGCAAAAACCAGUGAAGAAGAUGAGGUAAUACCAUCGGUGAAGAUGCUCGCAGCGCAGAGUGGUUGUAAACGCUCUCCAGCUGAGAUCUUGAGAAUGGAAAGAAUUAUACUAGAUAAGCUUCACUGGGAUCUUUACACAGCAACACCAAUGGAUUUCUUAAACAUUGUAAGCACUAAGUUUUGCAAAGUUUUAAUUAAUUUUUUUGUUUAAAGAAACAGCUCAUUUAUCAAAUAAGACUAGAAAACAUAGAUGUGAGCACAUACGCACAUACACAUUCUUCCCAAGAUGCUUUGCAAGCUGCCUGUUUUUAGCUAUCUGCAAGUCUUUUGAAGAAUGUUACAGUGAAUUUCUUUAAAUGUACUAAUAUUUAAAACUUUUUUUUUUCCAAAAAAUUUACUCCCGUUUUUAAAGGACAACUAAAGUGGAUGUUAAAAAGGUUCUCAUAAUGCAUAACUAUAUGCCAUUUUUUUUAAAUACACACUGCAAAAAUAUUUCUAACUCUUUCCAUUCUAUUAAUACUGUACAUAGAAAGCUGUCAGAGUUUUGCUACAUUUCA